UAGUACACCUUUGCCGCGCGUCUUCUCGAAUCUUCGCCUCUGCUCCGUAGACAUUGCUCAUCUCCCCCACCAUUAUCGAAGACUUUGACGGGAUCAGACAUCUCGGCAACGGACGGUUUCAACGCCACGCAACUUAGGGUCUCAAAUUAUUGAGGAUAAUCUGUAGUAGCGCCUGGUUCCAUUUCCAAGUCAUCUUCCACCUUCGAUCUCUUCGAUCUAGAGACAUGAACGUUCCUACAUUGGUUCUUCCGGAGGACGAAGGUUCGGCCCAGACCUCUAUUACACCUACUGUAACAACGCCAAGCCAUCAGGACUCCGGGAAUGCUGUUGCUGGCGCCGCUGGGAAUACCAUCGAAAAUUCCAUCGAUCCCAUCGAUGAAGCGAUCUCUAUGUUAUUACCGUCUCAGCGUAGCACUGCCGAAGGAUAUUUCCAUGACACCAUCCCCUCCUUCGCUUCAAGCUCGACUUCGCCAAGCUUCGUGCCGGUAGCGAUCGAGCCUCCUGCUUUCCCAGAACCAGCCUCGGUCGACGAUUUCCUCUUCGAACUUGAUGAGGGAAUCGAGCCCUCACUCGAGCCUCCCCUACCCGAUGACACAUCUUCUACAAUGCUCCGUGCCCAACUUAGCGUCCCAUUUUCAACACCCACUUUAUCCGAUGGUUCAUCCACAAUCGCCCCAUCUUUUACAUCUUCUGCAUCGUUCACAUCGUCUUUAAGGAAGAAAGUUGCAAGCAUUGCAUCGGCAGGCGCUUUCUUCGCCGAAUGCUUGGACUCGAAGCCAUAUCGAAUUUUUUCUGUCCGAACGUUCUGCGAAAGCUUAUUCAACAGUCGUCGUGCCACAAAUGCCAGGAUUGUGUCCGUUCAACGAUAUGGGGAUCUUCAAGGGGUGCCGCAUCGAUUUCUCAUCAUGCAUGUCACUCGAGCCGAUGGAAGGGAGUUCUACCUCCGGUUGGAUCGCAGACGGGACCGCCAAGUUCCCUUGUUGUUGUUUGGGGUACGGGAUUUGGGAACGUCACGUGCGAUGGAUACGGUAUGUAACUCACUCUUCAAUGUCUUUGCCGCAGCCAAGAAACAGCACUACUCAAUAGGCUGCCGUUUCUGGCAGACUCGACCACCUUCUUGAUUUCACCAACACCAAGUCUGGCGUAGAGGCCAUCAUAGUCUUCCCCACUCCUGCUCUUUUGAUCGUGGCUGCGCAAAUUCUGUAUACUAUCGCAGU